AUGCCAUCCCUCGUCACCAUCAUCGUUCAAUCUGCUACCCUCAAAGCAUUCGCCAACAUCACUGCUCAAAUACUACAACAGUUGAAAUCACCAACACCCAUUCCACUCGACUGGAAUCGAGUCCUUGAAUUUGCGGUGUUUGGAAUCGUUUCUGCCCCUCUCAUCUCAUUGUGGCAGCGGGCUCUGGACGAGACAUUUCCCACUCAACUCGCAGUUCAGUCUCAGCAACGAAAUGAGAGGAAUCCCCGAAUAAAUUGGCCCAACGUCCUCCUCAAGCUCCUACUGGAUCAAACCAUCGGAUUGUUUGUGGCGAAUGUUGUCUUCAUCAUAUGUACUACGGGGGCAAAACUUCAAAGUAGCACUUUGAUUCUGCAAGAGGUACAGGCUCGGAUAUUUCGGAUUUUGUUGGCGGCGUGGAAGAUUUGGCCGGCUGUGUCUCUUGUCAAUUUCCUCUGGGUGCCGUGGCAUUCACGAGUUGUGGUUACCUCACUGGUUGGCUUUGGUUGGAAUAUUAUUCUCAGUGUAUUGUCUAGUACGUGA